AUGGGCGUGUUCUCCAAUCUCCGAGGACCCAAAAUUGGAUCGACCCACGAAGGCUUACCUGUAGCCAAUGCAGACUCUCCUUCAUCUCUCAGGCGUAAAGUUUCGACCUUUUUGGCAAUCUGCGUAGCCAUCGUCGUCCUCGUCGAGAUCGCGUUUGUGGGUCGUCUCGAUAACGCUGCUUUGGUCAAUACGUUGAUGGGUUUUGUCACCAAGUCGCCUUCGGGUAAGCUAUCUCCGACUAAACCGAAAGUUGUGUCGGGAAUGGAGAGGUGCGAGGAGUGGCUGGAGAGAGAGGAUUCAGUGAGUUACUCUAGAAAUUUCAGUAAAAAUCCCAUCUUUAUCUCCGGUGGUGACAAGGACUUCAAAUCGUGCUCAGUUGAUUGCGCAAUUGGAAGGAACUCAGAUAAAAUCCCGGAUGCAGCGUUUGGAUUACGUCAUCAACCUGGAACACUCAAUAUAAUACGUUCCAUGGAAUCAGCAAGAUACUACCGUGAUAACAAUCUUGCUCAGGCACGACGGUGGGAGAGGUUAUGA